UAUCUUGAAUUGUAAAUGAAGUUUAGUUACAAAUAUCCCUCUGGUAUCUGCCUUACUGAUCUAUCAAAAUUAUCUCCUUUUCAGUUAAUAUUCUUCAUAGGAGGCUGGGUAUGGUUUGUUAAAAAGAUCUUCCGUGAUUAUGAGGUCCACAACACCCUUGUUCAGCUGUUCUUCCCAAUGAUCUUCAUGCUCUCUUGUGCAAUGUUUGAGCUUAUUAUCUUUGAGAUAGCUGCUGUGCUGGAAUCAGGGUCUCGCUACCUCUACUGGCAAGUGGUGCUGUACUCAAUGCUCAUCAUGCUGAUCUUGGUCAUACCAUUCUACCUCUGCCACUUUGCUGUUUCAAACAUUAGAAUGGUUCGUCGUGAAUGGGUGAAUCUAUUGUCAGUGCUAACUUGGGGUGUAUUUAUGGUUUGCUUCUGGAAAAUAGGAGACCCUUUUCCUAUCCUUAGUACUCAGCAUGGGAUACUUUCCAUUGAACAAAGCAUCAGCCGCAUUGGAGUUAUUGGUGUGACUGUAAUGGCAGCAUUAUCAGGAUUUGGUGCUGUUAAUUAUCCAUAUACCUCCAUGAACAUUUUCAUGCGUCCAGUCACAAAAUAUGAUAUUCAAGCACAGGAACGACGACUUCUUCAAACACUUGAUGUCAUUGUGAACAAGAAAAAGAGAAUAGCCUUAGCAGAGAGGGAGAGAGUUACUUCUAAGGUUAGGGAAGAAAGUGGUUCGCACUCCAGAAUUUGGGGAUUACUGAGGAGUGUCACAGCGAGCAGUCCACAAGGAGAGGGCUUGUCAACUCUGAAACAAGAAGUGGCAGCUUUAGAGGUAACUUAUUUUAUCUAAAAUUGUUUUAUAUGG